CCAGCUACUCACGAACCCACCACACCUUCGCCCACUCGAAUCUCUUUGUGCCCCGACACCGACUUCGAUAUCCCCGCUCCGCCGUCGCCGCCGCCACCAACAUGGUGCGGCCAGACGCCAGGUCGCGCGCACCUCGUGCUGGGCCUGGCGCCAUCCGCCGCCGCGCUGAUCGUGAUGGAGAUGCCAAAAUGGCCGACCUCACUGUCAAAGGCGCAGCUUCCUCCAACAGAAUCGGCAAGAAGCCUCCCACCGGUCCCGCCGCCACAACAGCUCGGCCGGGUAGGAAUGCAGCGGGCACACGCAAGGACCUCACGACAAACGGCUCCAGGCGAGAAGUGAUUCGGAAAGCAGCAGCCGCUGGUGCACACGGAGAUGUCUCGAUGCGAGAAGCGAGAACGACACCGCGUGGGACUCUCGUCGACCUCACCAUUGACGGCUGGAAGUUGAGCAGAGCAGCGAACAAUUCGGAUGCGGGGUUCAAGUCGCUGGUGCAGUGGCUCGAGAAGAAGGCGUCUAUGCGCCUGGGCAAGAGGAAUACGAGAAUCAACAAAUCGCGACUCGACGCAGACACGGUGACCAUCAGCGUGCCAUCGGCAGAUGCAUCGGCCUAUGAGCGCAUGAACGGCUACGACUGGGCAGGUGCCAAGCUCACCAUCAAGCGAGUGGGUGGCUCCGGUUCGCAGAGCAAUCAUUCGCCUGCUUCCUCUUCUGGCGCCGAGCAAACCAAGGCAAUGCUUCGCGGUGUGCUCGAGCGACGAUGGAAUCCCGAAACCAAGUUCUUGGACCUCUCCGCACUCGGCACCGAUGCGGAACUGCAAGCUUCGGACAUGUUUGGCAAAGCUUCGACCACGCAAAAGUUCUUUCCCGCUCUAAUGAAGGUGCUCGAUCUGUCCUUCAACUCGACGAAAGAGCGCGACGAAGCCAUCGAGGGCGUCUCUCUGGCCAGCAACGAUUUGGAAGAUCUCAAAAUCGUCUCGACGCUGUCUCAGUCUCUGCCCAAUCUCAUCAACCUCGAUCUCUCCCACAACAAAUUCGCCACCUUGGCCUCUCUCGAAAUUUGGCGACACCGCUUCAAGAAGCUACAGCACUUGAUCGUGUUUGGCAACCCCAUCGAACAGAACGAGCCGAAUGCCGCCGCAGAGAUCAUCAGUUGGUUCAAGAACCUGCGCAUGCUCAAUCAAGUCCAGGUGCGGUCCGAGGACGAUAUCAAGAACCAGAACAACGUCGCCAACAUCCCCUUUCCCAUUCGCACUCCUCACUUUCAAGAUGAGGACGGAAUUGUGGAGGCCUUCAUCCGCAACUGGUUCGCCGGCUUCGACACGGAUCGACCCGCCCUGGCUCGCAUGUACUACGAUGAGCACUCCGAGUUCUCCAUUGCCCUCAACACCCAAGCCCCGAGAGAUCCUUUGGAUGCGGGCAAGCCACAAACGCAAGAAUGGGCAUCCUACAUUCACGGCAGUCGUAACCUCAAGAAGCUCACACAACUGCCCGCUCGCCAGAAGCGAUUGUUGCGAGGCACCCAGGCCAUUAUUGACGGCUUUGCGGGACUUCCCAAGUCUCAGCACCCAGACCUCGCCACCGAGCCGCAAAAGUGGAUGAUUGAGGCCCACUUACAGCCGGGCAUUCCAGAUCCCAUCAACAACACUCCUGGAGGAGUCGAUGGUUUCUUCAUGUCGAUCCACGGAGAGUUUACCGAGCCCGAGACGGGUAAGAUGCGCAGCUGCGAUCAUGCCGUAUACAUAGGCCCCGGAGGCUCUACCGGCGUGCGUGUCGUCAGUCAUACCAUCACCAUCCGCGCAUAUGGCGGCACUCAAGCCUUUCAAGCCACUGCUGGCGCCUCGACUCCACCCAUGCCCGCUGCGGAUGCCGCGACGUCUGACGGUCUGCCACAACUUCCUGCACACUUGAACAUUGAGAUGGCCGAGCAGAUGUGUGCAGAGCUGACCAAGCGGACGGGCCUGACGCUGGGUCUCUCCCACCAGUGUCUCACGACUGCCAACUGGGAUUUCGAUGCGGCUCUGGCCGUGUUUCAGACUCACAAAGCGAGCUUACCAGCCACGUCCUACAUCGGCGGUGUACCCUUGAUGUGAGGAGGAUACCUGCACGCCAGGGAAUAUAGAGAGGAGGAGGAGGAUUGAAAGAAGGAAGAAAAGACAAAACAACGGAUUGUUUCUACAUUUUGCGCACUGGGAAACUUUGAAAAUUAGCGAGGCGAAUGGGAAAAUGCGAUUGUGCAUAUUGGGGCAUGGGCAAACUCUCGUUACGAAGCGCGGUGCCUUUUGGGGGGGAAUACCAAAUUGUGAUUAUCACGGAUGGAGCGCGCUCUUUGCCUUACAAGGGGGCAACAAAAAAAUCAGCGAAGAAGAAGAAUGAGAGUGAGAUGGCAUUGCAUUGCAUUGCAUCAAUGUGUACGAAUACAGACGUCAAUCCGGCCGGUCUCAGGGGCCGAGACAGACAGGAAGAGAGAGGAGAGCUAGGUAGACUGACAGAAAGCUUUCGACUAUGCCGAGUAGGCUCGUCUUGUGACAGAA